AUGGCGGUUCGAGAGUUUCCACUUGCUGCCAUUUACGGAGGUGCAGUAAAAGCCCCAAAAGUUCAUUCUGACAUAGUAGAAUAUAUCAUAGCAGCUGUUUAUGUUGACUGUGAUUUUGAUCUGAAGUAUGUUUGGAAGAUUAUCAGGGGUCUUCUGGAGCCUAUCGUGACCCUUGAGACCUUGCCGCUGCAGCCUGUGACAAUGCUCUAUGAGUUAUGCCAGAAGCAAGGAAAACAAGUUGAUAUGAAACAUUGGAGGAAGGUUGAUACAAAUAUUUGUAGCAUUUAUGUGGAUGGAAAGCUUAUUGCUACCGGGACUUCUGAUCAGAAGGAUAUUGCUAAGCUUAAUGCGGCAAAAGAGGCACUGGAGAAAAUCAAUAAAUCUGUUAUCAAUAAUGUGGGUAUUGUUUAUGAAGUCAAUGACAAAAGUGAGAUUGAAUCUGCUAAGCAGAAGUUACAUGAGCUGUGUGGCAAAAAGAAAUGGCCAAAGGCAACAUACAGGAUUGUGAAAGAAGUGGGGAUAGCUCAUGAGAAGAAAUUUAUAUGCUCCGUUGAGAUCGAAACAGCAGAUGUGAAGCUGUUUAUGUCAGGAGAUGAGAAGUCAAGAGUCAAGGAGGCUGAGAAUUCUGCUGCCUCCAUGAUGAUCCAUAGCCUUGUGGAGUCCGAUUAUCUCUGA